AUGUCACCAGAGACCCUUCUGAAUUUUGAGUCCUGGGAAGACAUAAUACUGAAUUCCAGCUUGUAUCGUGACAGAGUUGCAUUGAUUGCCAUAGACGAGGCACACAUGGAAUCCUGGGGUGAUACCUUUCGACCAACAUUUGCGAGGCUUGGAGAGCUUCGUUCACAUUUUCAAAAGACUCCAUUUCUUAUGCUUACUGCAACCUGCACAUCCCAGAUUUUGAAGCACAAAACCAGAGGAAUCCAUCUACCUGGUGUUAAGAUGUACACUGUAUCUCCUGACAGACGCAACAUUUACCUAGAGUACAAAAGGUCCAAAGAUAUUUUAGAAGAGCUUGGGAUCUGAUUUUAAUCAGAUUGGCUAUUUGAUGACAUAAAAGAAAAUGGUAUCAAAGCCAGGAAGACUUUAGAAUAUGUCAGGAGCUUGAGUCAUGGUGGUCGCCUUUACCGAGGUAUAUUGGGCCAUUUAAAAGAAGGUGCCUAUUUUAAACAAAGAAAAGUUCAGCGCAACAACCAUAUUGCUUUGUAUCAUGCUGGAAUGGCCUCCAAGGAUCUUGAGUACAUACUGGAUGAGAUUUCCAAGCCAGAGAGUGUGAUACGACUCGCAGUCUGCACCAUUGCCUUUGUUAUGGGGAUUAACAUCCCUGACAUUGACCUUGUCAUUCACUGGGGUGCAUGUAACUCUGUGAUGGACUAUUGGCAGGAGGUGGGUAGGGCAGGGCGAGAUGGACGCAAGGCAAAGGCCAUGUAUUUUGUGACCCAUGGGUCAUUACUUCAUGCUUCAGACGAAAUGAAGGAGUUAUGUGAAUCAAUGGACAAGUGCAGGACGAUGUGUUUUAGGGACUGUAUUCUGUCUUAUUUCAUUGGAUACUCCUCUAUAUCACAAUCACUUUGUAAAUGGAACUGUAUGGAAUGUUAG